AUGUCUAUCGUAUUGCCAGCCUUGCAAGGCCCAAAGACCCCUGCUUUUGAGUCCGUCAAGUCGUACUCCGCCCCAGCUCGUCGUCCUAUCGAGCCUGUCGGCAGAUACUUCUUGGCUCAUGCCACCAGAACCUUGAGAGGCCACACCUGGUCUGAGUUCGAGAAGUUGGAGGCCGAGAGAAACGUCAAGCAGAUCGAGACCAACGAGGACGAGGACUUGGGAGAUGAGGAGCAGGACGCUGAAUUGCUUUCCCACGAUCCAAGAGAGUGGAAGACUGCCGACUUGUAUGCCGUGUUGGGAUUGUCCCACUUGAGAUGGAGAGCUACUGAGGAUCAGAUCAGAAGAGCCCACAGAAAGCAGGUGUUGAAGCAUCACCCAGACAAGAAGUCUGCUGCUGGAGGUUUGGACCAGGAUGGUUUCUUCAAGAUCAUUCAGAAGGCAUUCGAGGUGAUGUUGGACAACAACAAGAGACAGCAGUUCGACUCUGUGGAUGAGAAUGCUGUUGUUGCUGCUCCAGCUCCAAAGACUCAGUAUGACUUCUUCGAGGCUUGGGGACCUGUUUUCGACUCCGAGGCUCACUUCUCCAAGAAGCAGCCUGUGCCUUCUUUGGGUACUUCCGAGUCCACCAAGGAGGAGGUUGAUGCUUUCUACAGAUUCUGGGGAAGUUUCGACUCCUGGAAGACUUUCGAGUUCAAGGACGAGGAUGUUCCAGAUGACACUGCCAACAGAGACCACAAGCGUUACAUCGAGCGUAAGAACAUCUCCAACAGAAAGAAGUUGAAGGUCGAGGACAACAAGAGACUCAUUGAGCUUGUUUCUCGUGCUCAGGCUGAGGACCCAAGAAUCAAGCAGUUCAAGGAUGCUGCUAAGAAGGAGAAGGAGAGACAAAAGUGGGAGAGAGAGGCUGGUUCUAGAGCUGCUGCUGAGGAGGCUGCUAAGAAGAAGGCCGAGGAAGAGGCUGCUAAGAAGGCUGCUGAGGAGGAAGCAGCUAAGGCUAAGGUGGACAGCAAGAAGGCCAAGGAGGCUGCCAAGUCUGCCAAGAAGAAGAACAAGAGAGCUGUCAGAGGUGGUGCUAAGGACAAGGACUACUUCGGAGAGGAGGCUCAGGCUGCUGCCAUUGAUGGUGACAUUGAGUUGUUGCUUGAGAAGUUGGACGACCUUCAGUUGUCUUCUCUUGCUUCCAAGGUUGGUGGAGAUGCUGCUUCCGUCAAGGCUGCUUACACCGAGGCUGCUGCUGAGUUGACUGCUUCUGGCUCGCUCAGUGCUGGCCUCAUCAAGUACUUCGCU